UACCCACCUAAGAAGAAAGUAAAAGUUGUUGAAAAAAACAUAAUUUGUAUUACUAAGUGGUCAUUUGCUUGGGCAAAUUAAAAGCAAAGGUUAAGACAAGAAUUUCUUAGAAAUGAUCUUACUAUAAUCAAUGUUAUUUUAAAAACAUCCUGUUAAUCUUUAUAAUUAAAUUUAAAGAAAUAUUCAGCAGUGUUUAAGAAAUAUCAUUUGUAUUGCUGUUAAGUGGUCAUUUGCUUGGGUAAAUUAAAAGCAAAAGCUGACAAAAGAUUUUUUAGAAAUGAUCACACUAUAAUCAAAAUUAUUUUACAAAAAUCCUGUUAAUCUUUAUAAUUAGAUUUAAAGAAACAUUUAGCAGUGUUCAAAACUCAAAGCUAAAAAUGACCAAAAAUGAUAAGAAAUGAUAAAAAAUGGCACAAAAUAUAGAACUACUAUACUGAAUACACUAAUCAUUAAAUAAUGUUCAAAUUGAAUACUAUUUUAAUAUAUCAUUUUUGGUCAUUUAUAAUAAAAUGCAAACUGCAGUAAUCCAAGAUUCAAGAACAUCAAUCUUUCUUGAAGGAAUCUCGAAAUGACCACCCAACUGAAAACCAGUAAUCGUCAAUACGAAAUUGCGAAAGUAAUAAAUUAAUAAUCGAGGCAUAGAGACAGGAGAUUCAUAGCUGUUCAUUCCUAUGAGGGAGCAAAUUUUUCGAAGAUUAAACACGUGGAAAAGUAAAGUAGACCGACCCAGUUUUGGUCAACUUUGAGUCUUUGUUCAUAUGGGAGGGGUACCGGAACGAUGGUUUUGUGAGAAGGGGCCCCCUGUACGACCCCGUGGCCAUAUAAGCAACGACUCCUGCCAUUGUCGGGACAGAGUGUUUCAUCCCUUCGUUGAUUCGCACAUCGUUCCAUCGACGAUCAAGGUAACUUCGUUUCAGGAUUAUAAGCUUUUAAGAAGGCUCCUUAACUCGUGUUUAUCCUGUAUUUAUCAAACUACUAAUUGAUAAUAAACCAUAGUUCGCAUAAUGAGUAUCUCCGUGAACGUUGACAGCUGCUGUAAGAUGCAUUCUCUUUUUAUUGAGGAACGUACAAUGUGUUAAUUGCUUAUCUUCUUGCAGGAGUCAGUCUGGAAGAUAUAGAAACUUUUAGUAUACUAAUAGCGAUACAGUAAUAUUGUUUUGAUUCUAAUCUUCAAUCUAAAUACUAAUUACUCAUUUUAAAUAAUUCAUACUUUAGAUCUAUUUUUUAAAAAAAAUUGAAGCAAGCAAGGAUAUUAUAUAAUUGCUCUCCAAAUAUUGAAUUUUCCUGAAUUAUUCAACUUGUUCUUUGUAUAAUAUCAAUUUUAAAUUGAAUGUUACUAUAGGAUGCAGUUUGGAAUCAUCUUCGUGACAGUGGCAGCCACGUUGCUGCAGGGUGGCCAGAGCGGUUUUGUGUCCAUCAGAAUGCCUUACUUGAAUCCGGCAGGUGUAACCUACAUCAACAAUGUCGAGCCUGAGGCACAUCUUUACGGGCUUCCUGCUAGAGUCGAGGCUCAGCAUGUUGGAUACGCUACCGCCCAAGUGCCAGCAGUAGCUGCUGUGCCCUAUGUCAAACACGUGCCCACUGUAUCUCAUGUGCCAGUAACGAAAAUUGAAGCUCAACAUGCUCUCUUGGAGAAGCAGUUGGAUGUAGUGAAACCAGCCGUUUCGACCCGCAAGUUUGAAGUCCGUCGUCCAGCAAUUCAGAAGCAGUUCUUCGACAUCGAGGAACGCGUUGUGGUUCGUCCAGCUGGAUCAGCCGUGCUCGAAUUGGACCAACCAACCUCGAAGACACCUAAAGGACCAGCAGUGAUCCAAUCUCUGUAUCCCCACUAUGAAUCCGUACAAGCAAUUGGCCAGCAAGUUGUUUCUUCUACUCCAGCCCCUAGUGAUGAUGAAACCGUAGUCGUGGACAAUCCUGAAUUCCGUAAUCGUGCAGUACAGGACCAGGCUAACGCAUCUGGAGCGCAAACAAGACUCAACUUCAAUGGUGCACAAUCAGAAGACACCUUUGUUGCUCAUGAUCCAUCACCAAACGUAGUUGUAAGUCCUAAUUCCACUCCUGAAGAGGACAGACAGAAUCAAAACAGGCUGCUCGAGUUGCUCACUGCUCGUGGAAACGUUGCUGAGGUGGGAUUCGGUAAUCUCGGACUCGCCAAGUCUGCAGUUGGAGACGCCGGUCAGAUAAGAAGUCGGGUAAUCUCCGCAACUCCUGCUCCAGAAUAUGCGGACUCGGCUGACGAACGCGUGUCUACACGACGAGUCGUGGUUAGCAGACCCAUCGAAACUCUUCAAGAAGUGAACGUCGUGGAACCAGCGACGAAAAUUGAAAGAGUAUCCGUGCAUCAACCCACCCUCAUUAAAACAGCACGUCUCGACCACGUUCAGGUUCACGGUUCCGUACCAAUCGUCGGGAAGGCUCUUACAUCGACCAUCGCUCAUACUGCAGUUCCAGUUUACCAGAAGACUUUCUCUCCAGCUUACGAAUACUACCAUUAAACCGGGAAUGACUCUAACUUCUGUGCGUUCAGAAACAGGAUAGUAGAUCUGAAAAAUAGAAACUUAUCAAAAAUUGUUUUUCAUCUAUUUUUGUUUAUUUGUAUGAGCUUACCUGAAUG